CAGGGCAACACCGGGGUGGUGCUGGGGAAGCUGCGCAAAGCCGGGAGCCGUAGCCCAGAGCCUCCCCGGGAGGGGACAGGCAGCGUGGUAGGUGGGGCCACCUGUCAAUCUAGGCAAACGAGGAUUUUCUUCAGUAGAAGCAGACAGAUUUGCUUAAGUGCUGAGUUCCUGCCUCCCCCUCACCUACUGUACAUCAAGUACUGUGAUUCCACCUCCUAAUCCCUCAGGGUGGAGGCUCUUCAGCGUGGUCUGCCAGGCUCUCAGUGCCAGCCCCUGCUGUGGGUGCCGUCAUCCUGACCCCAGAACCCCUCAUCUAGAUGCGCUGCCCUGUCUGUGAUGUCUCCUCCACCGUCGGCGUCUUGUCAGCCUUCCUCCCUGCUCGGGGGGAGCGGGCCGCUCUGUGCUGGAGCUCACUGAGCAGGCGUCUUCCCCUCUGCCUUCUGCUGCUGUCGAGGGGGUCUCUGGGAUCUAGGUGUUCAAGCCCAGACCGAUCAUGGCCGGAAGACCCAUCUGCAUCGGAGACCAGCUGGUUCUGGAAGAAGAUUACGAUGAGACCUACAUUCCCAGUGAGCAAGAAAUUCUUGAAUUUGCCAGAGAGAUUGGUAUCGAUCCCAUCAAGGAACCAGAACUGAUGUGGCUGGCACGGGAGGGCAUCGUGGCCCCACUGCCUGCAGAGUGGAAGCCCUGCCAAGACAUCACGGGUGAUAUCUACUAUUUCAACUUCGCCAAUGGGCAGUCCAUGUGGGACCAUCCUUGUGACGAACACUAUCGGAACUUGGUCAUCCAAGAGCGCGGGAAGCUGUCGGCUUCUGGGACCACUAAGAAGAAGGACAAGAAAAAGAAAAAAGACAAGAAAGACAAGGACAAAGAGGCCUCCCAAGAUCCUGUGGAAACCCAGCCCGAGCAGGGGCUUCUGCUGCCUUCCUCUUGUCUCCGCGGCCCCUCCCCUCUCCCAGUACCUGGGCCUGCUGAUCUGGACCUAGACCAAGAGAUGCAGGCUAGAAGCGAGGGCUCUUUUAAGAAAGCCAAGAGCCCAUGUGCGCUGGGUGACACCCCCUGGCCUCUCGUAGGGGGCCUCCCCAGCAAGCUGCAGCCACUCUCCAAAUGCCAAGCCUCCCGAACCCACCAGAUCAUUGCCGACGUGGAGAAAAUCUUAGGCAGGACUUCAGCCCAAUGCAGGACAGAGCUAGGUGAUCAGCAAGGUCUGGAGACGCCCCAGAAGGCGACAGAGAAAGUCUACCUGGGGUCUUCAGACCCUGAAAUAGAAGAACUGGAAAUGAGGAGCAGACAGCAGAAGCCUGAUGCUCUGAACCCUCAGAACGCUGAAGGCCCUCUCCAGCAGGGGCAAGAUGUGUCAGCAGGCAGAAGCCAGGCCCCUGCCCACUCAAAGCUUUCUGAGACCAUUAAGGGCCCGCUGAAAGGGGAGCAGCGUGGCCCCGGCAUAGCCAAGCUGAGCUCCACUGGGCCCGGGGGUGACAAGAGCCAGAGCCCCAUUCCCUUGACAUCCCUUGAGGAGGAGCCUUCCCUGUCCCCUUGUUCCUCUGACCACCUGCUGCUUACCAGGAAGGGCAAGCUGUUCCCGUUAGAUAGCAGCCCAGCUGCCGACCUGAGCUUGCAGGACGUCCUUGGGGAAGGUGGGAUCAUGGGCAGGGGAAGGAGAAGGAGAGAGCCACCAGGACUGUGGAUGGGACAGGUCUCCCAGCUUGUCAACAAGGAUACACCAAAGAGCUGCAAGCAGACAGAGCCCAGUGACCCUGAGGCUCCAGGGUACUCAGCUGAAGAACUGCCUCAGGGACUCUCCCUAAUACCACCUGAAACCCUGGCAUCAGGACCAGCUCAGAAUUCCCCCUUAGGGAGUGCCUCUAGCGAGAAGAGACAGGCCCCAGUGUCUCCACAGCCCACAGAUGAGGGUGGGAAGCCUGGAGUGUCCAGGUCUGGCUCAGAGGGCAGCAGCAGCAGCCGCUGCAGCAGCGUGACCUGUUACCCGGGCUCUCGGAUCCUGGGGGAGGCGAACAGCUUCCCUUGGGACCUGCAGAGCUUCCGGAGAUCUGAGCAGGGCAUGGCACGGACAGGCCUGGGACCCAGAGACCAACACUCCAGCCCCUUCCGAGGUCCCCAGCUGUCCCACACGCAGAGCUCUGCUGAGGAGCAGUCAGAGAGCGAGGACUACUCGGAGGAUCAGAGGUUCUACCAGCACAUCCUGCAGAUGGUCAAGAUCUCCAGGCGGCUGGAGGACCUGGGGCUGCCCGAGAGCAUGCAGGAGAUGCCAGGCCAGGACAUCGCCAGCAUGGUCUGCUGCAUGGCAGCCGAGUCUGCCAGGAUGUCUAGUGAGGGUGAGCAUGAGGCCGUCAGAGCCAUGGAGAGGGACUCCAGGUUUCUGUCUUGGGGGCCGGAGCUGCUGGAGCAUCCUCAGGAGGUGGUCUUUGCCCCUGCUGGGCAGGAGGCCUCUCAGCAAGCCCCUUUCCAGCUAAGCAGCAGCCCUCUCAGGCACGAACUAGCCGAGCUGAGCUCCGACAGCGGGCUCGUCACAGAGCCGGGCGCGAUGCAGCUUCUUCACCAGGCCCUGGGUUCCUCGUUAGCUCCAGUCCACCUUCCCCUUGGGGGCCUGGCCCCUUUACGAGGCCUUGUGGAUGCUCCACCCUCUGCUCUCCGUGGACCUCAAAGUGUGAUCCUGGCGGGCUCUGCGGCCUCUGGGCAGCUUGGAGAAUUCCCGCUGCCUUCACAGGGUCUCAAGACUUCUGCUUAUCCAAAGGGCCUCUUGGGCUCCAUCCAGGAGGACAAGAGCCCUCUCAGCCUCUUGGCUUUAGGGGAGGAGACCAAUGAGGAGGAUGAGAGUGACAACCAGAGUGUCCGCAGCUCCAGUGAGCUCCUUAAGAACCUGCACCUGGACAUCGGGGCCCUGGGGGGUGACUUUGAGUAUGAGGAGUCUCCGAGAACAAGCCCACCCGAGAAGAAGGACGUCUCUUUGGACUCAGAUGCUGCCGGCCCUCCCACUCCAGGCCAGCUCUUCAGCCACGGUGCAGGAAGCAGUCCGAGCAGUGCCGAUGGCGGGGGGAGACGGAGCAGAGGGGCAAGCCCUCAGCUCUCAGAGAAAGAAGAGGAUGAGAAGAGUGAUCCUGAGGUUUCCAGGGGUCUGGUGACCCCAGGGACGCCCCCUGGGGGUGAUCAACCUGCCACAGCCUCCCAAAAGGAGCAGCCGCCAGAGGAGCUGGCAGAUGCCGGAGAGGAGGGCUCCAGGAGGGAAGAGUCCAUGAAGGAACCUGAGGAGGAGACACCUGCCCCCAAAGAGAGCAGAUCGGAUGCCAGCGAACAGUUGGAGCUAAGUGAACAUGUGAAGGAACCGCAGCUCUCAGACUCCGUGGCUUCUGACCCCAAGUCCUUCCUUGGCCUGGACAUGGGUUUCGGUAGCCGGAUCUUGGAGCACCUGCUGGACGUUGAAGUACUCUCCCCCGUGCCAGAUGGAGUCCACUGGGAGGCCCAGGGGUUAGGAAGAGAAGACAAGGAUGGCAGCCAGGCCAGCCAAGAUGAGCUUCAGAGCAAGCAGUCCAAAGACUCGGAGAGGUUUUCUCCUCCACUUCUGCAUGGGGAGCAGCUUCAGAGUCCCCUUCGCAGCCAGGCCACGGAAGGGUCUCCACAGGCCCCUGAGGGGCAGCCUGAGCAGAAAGAGACAGAGGAGCCUGGGGAGGACUCUGUAGCCAGCGCCUCCCCACUGGUUUCCCUCCAGAGGGAGCAGGCCCCAAGCCCACCUGCCACCCAAGAGCCGGGCACGGAGCAGGGCUCCCAAGCAGAGGAGCUGAGCGUCGGGCAGGAAGAGGCUGCAGAGCCUGAGGAGGACACGGCAGUGAGCCUGACCCCGCCGGUCUCUCCACAGGUGCAGCCCCCCGAGCCUGCAGCCUCUCCAGAGCAGCUCUCCACGGCAGAGGCUGCACUGGACACCGUGGAAGCGGCCGUGGCCCAAGAACUUGGGCAAGACGAGAGGCAGCUGCUGGAGUCGAAGCGAGAGAAGAUGCAGCAGCUGCAGGAGAAGCUGUGGCAGGAGGAGGAGGAGGAGAUCCUUCGGCUUCACCAGCACAAAGAGCAGACGCUCAGUUCCCUAAAGGAGCAGCUGCAGAAAGCCACCAAGGAGGAGGAGGCCCACAUGAGAGCAGAGGAAAGCAGGAAGCUGUCUGAGCUCCGAGCCCAGGUCCAGGCCAGCGCGGCAGCAGACGAGGACCAGAUCAGGGCCGAGCAAGAGGCCUCCCUGCAGAGGCUGCGAGAAGAGCUGGAGACUCUGCAGGAGGCUGAGAGGGCCAGCUUGGAACAGAAAAGCAGGCAGAUGCUGGAGCAGCUCAAGGAAGAGAUGGAGGCCUUGGAGAAGAGAGAGCAGGCCGCCCUGAAUGCUGAGAAGGAGCAGGCUCUGCAGCAGCUGAGGGAGCAGCUGGAAGGGGAGAGGCAAGAAGCAGUGGCAAGGCUGGAGAAGGAACACAGCGCCGAGCUGGAGCAGCUCUGCUCCUCGCUGGAAGCCAAGCACCGGGAGGUGGUCACUAGUCUCCAGAAGAAGAUAGAAGAAGCCCAACGGAAAGAGGAGACCCAGCUGCAAGAGAACCUAGGGUGGGCAGAGCAGCGAGCCCUCCAGAGGGUUCACCAGGUGAUGGAGUACACGCAAGAGCUCAGCAGCCUCCUCCAAGACAAGCGCCAGGAGGUGGAGCGGGAGCACGAGAGGAAGAUGGACAGGAUGAAGGAGGAGCACCGGCGGGUGGUGGCUGAGGCCAGGGAGCAGUACGAAGCCGAGGAGAGGAAGCAGCGGGCUGACCUCCUGGGGCACCUGACCGGAGAGCUGGACCGCCUGCGGAGGGCCCAUGAGCGGGAGCUGGAGACCGCGAAGCAGGAGCAGGAGAGGCAGCUCGAGGAAUCGCGGCGCCGGCACCGGGAGCAGGAGAGGAAACUCCAAGACUCAGAAGUGGAGCUGGAAGCCAGAACUAGAGAGAUCAAGGCCAGAUUGGCUCAGCUGGAUGUCCAGGAGGAGGCUGCUCACAGGGAGAAGCAGCAGCUGCUGGAGGUGAAGAGGCAGGUUGCUCUGGAGAGCGAGGAAGCCACAGCCACCCAGCAGCACCUGGAGGAGGCAAAGAAGGAGCACACCCACCUGCUGGAGUCCAACCGGCAGCUCCGGAGGACUCUCAGCGAGCUCCAGGCCCGCAAGCUGGAGCUGGAGUCGCAAGUGGACCUGUUGCAGAGGCAGAGCCAGAGACUGCAGAAGCGCAUCAGCAGUCUGGAGGCCGAAGCUCAGGAGAAGCGGGACGCCCUGAAAGAGCUGGCAGUUGAGGAAGAUCAUGCUUCCCCACGUUCUGAGCCAGAUCUCCACAUUGAGGACCUUAGGAAAUCCCUUGGGACAGACAAAGAGGAGGCCAACUUGUCUGUGGACAGCAUCCAGCAUUUCGUCUCUGCCGAGGGGGCCGCCCUCCGCAGUGCCAAGGAAUUCCUGGCACGUCAGACACGCUCCAUGCGGAGGCGGCAGAUGGCUCUGAAAGCUGCCCAGCAACACUGGCGCCAUGAGCUGGCCAGUGCUCAGGAGACGGCCAAAGACCCGUCAGGCACCAAGGCCCUGGAAGAUGCUCAUAAGAACCUGGAGGAGGAGACCAGGCACCUGGAUGAGAUGAAGUCGGCCAUGCGGAAAGGCCAGGACCUGCUAAGGCAGAAAGAGCAGAAGCUGAAUCAGCUGGAAUCCUCUCUUUGGGAAGAGGCCUCAGAUGAGGACGCCCUGAGAAGACCUUCCCCCAAGAAGGGGGUGACCUUUGACCUUAGCGACGUGGCUGACACAAACAGUGAAAGUUCUGAGUCUUGUCCCCUGCCUCACUUCAGCCAGACCCGGAGUCCCAACUUCCCCAGCAAGAUCCACUACUUGAGCAGCUCCCUGCAGAGCAUCAGCAGCCAGCUGAACGGCGUGCUCCCCCCGCCGCUGCUGCCGCCCCCGCCCCCGCCCCCACCACGCUUCUCCACGCCCACUCAGGACCCUCUGCGGCCGUCCAGGGGCACCCCCACUCCCACCCACCCCUCUCUGACCAGGGUCUCGGCCUCAUCCUCUGUUACACCCGUGUCCACCCGGUGGGCCUGGGACCCUGGGCUGGGACCCCGGCUCUCCUCCUCCGUGGCUCAAACAGUGGAUGACUUCCUGGAGGAGAAAUGGAGCAAGUACUUUCCAGCUGGCCUCCCUUUGCUCAGCAGCGGCCCUGUGCCCCUGGAGAACAGGCUGGGGUAUGUGUCUGCCAGUGAGCAGCUCCGCCUCCUGCAGCGCUCCCACUCCCAAGGCCCUGAGGCCAGCAGCACCAGCUUUCAAGGCAUGAUCGAGGCCAACCGGAAGUGGCUGGAACAUUUCAGAAACGACCCUAAGUUACAUCUCUUCUCCUCGGCAUCCAGGCCAGCAGCCACCCCGAGCCUUGUGCAGCUGGGCUUGGAUGAGAACAACAGGCUGAAGGUGCACCGCUACUGAGGCCCUGGCCAUGGCAGGCCGCCUGGCCCUCCACCCAGACCAAGUGCUGAGGAGCCGCCUGUGCUUUGUCCCCUCUGAGAUGGUGUUCCUGGUCACUUUUGCCACUUGGCCCUCUUGGGACUUGGAGGGACUAUGGGGCCAGGGGGGAACUGAAAAGGACAGGCAAUACGACCAAAACAGUAAGCCACACGCCCUGUGACUGCCUGAUCCAUUUCGGCUGAAGCGUGUGGACUUCUGUGAGCUGCUGCAUU